CUCUCUCUGUUCCUCUAGCACUCCCUUCCUUGCAUUCCCUUGUACUCUGGAGCAGACGGUGGUCGCGCCUCGGUCAUCUCUUGUUCCAUCAUGUCUUCAAACUACUUCCGGAUAGACGAGCACAAGAUAGAAGCAUCGCAUAUACGUGGAUUUCCACGAGCAACAGCAAACAAGCAGGACGAUGUCCUGUACCUGGCAGUGAAGCAGUACACGCCGCUGCGCAACACGAGCCCGAAACCUGGCGACAUCACCAUCAUUGCCGCGCAUGCGAAUGGGUUUGCAAAAGAGCUAUAUGAACCGCUGUGGAAUGAGCUCCUGAAGCGAUGCGAGCAACAGGGCUUUGGUAUCCGUGGCAUUUGGAUAGCCGAUGUUGUGCACCAGGGCUGGAGCGGCGUUCUGAAUGAGGGCAAAUUGGGAAAUGACCCCGCCUGGCUUGAUCACAGCAGAGAUCUCCUCCACAUGGUCAACCUUUUCCGCGACCAAAUGCCUCGCCCUAUUGUGGGCGUCGGCCACAGCAUGGGUGGCUGUCAACUCGCCAAUCUUGCUCUCCUUCAUCCCACGCUUUUUGAGACGCUGGUUCUCGUAGACCCCGUUAUUCAGGGGAAAGUUUCGAUUCUUGGCAACGUCUCGCCAGCAGCCGCCUCAGCAAGACGUCGCGAGCGCUGGCCAACGCGCGAAGAAGCCGCAAGCAGCUUCGCAAAGAGCAAAUUCUACCAGACCUGGGACCCGCGGGUACUGGAUGCUUGGGUCAAGAACGGACUGCGGGACAUGCCGACACAACUGUUCCCCGAUGGAAAGCAGCCCGAGGUUACCCUCACAACCACCAAGCACCAAGAAGUGAUGACCUUUUUGCGCAGCAACUUUACCGCAAGGCCGGGAGACAAGGAGCCAUCAUCAGCCGAAUUCACAUUGAGCAAUCCAAAAGUGAACAGGAGGACACACCCAGACAUGACGCCGUGCGAUGAGCCCCAAACGCCGUUUUACCGCGGCGAGAGCACACUUGUUUUCAACCAAUUACCGUCGCUCCGCCCGUCGGUUUUCUACAUCUUUGGCGAACUUUCCUUCUUGACUAACGAUGCCAUCAUUGAAGAGAAGAUGCGCAUGACAGGAUCUGGCGUCAGCGGCAGCGGAGGCCGUGCAGAGGGCCGUGUAGCAAAUGUCACGGUCAAGGGGACCGGACACUUGAUUCCCAUGGAAAAAGUCGACGAGAGUGCAGACCAUAUCGGCAAAUGGAUCAGUAAGGAAAUGGAGAGGUACCGGGAUUGGGAGCGCAAGACGGAGGAGGAAUGGAAUGGCAAACAGGGCAUAGAGAGGAGCGUAAUGCCCCAGCGGUUCAUAGAGGAGCUGGAUGCACUCAUCAAGCCGCGAGAGAAGAAGACGUCAAAGUUGUAAUUUAUCGUUAGAUUUGAACAGUGUAUUAGUACUAAAAUUGUCUUGA